AUAAUGUAAGCAGAGGGAGUUGAUUGGUUUAUCACUUUAGUUGGUUUUCCUGACUGUGAUAGGCUAUCAGAGACUUGCUGUGGUUUCAGCACUUCAGUUUUAUUAUUACACUCAUGAAAUGUUUUUGACUAAGCAAGUAUAAACUUCUUCCAGAUACAAUUGAUAUAGCUAAGAGCAUGGCUAUACACUUUACUGAUAGGGAUUAGGUAUGUUCUGUUUUUAAACGCAUGCAGAGGAAUUCCAAAUAAUUGUCAUAUUUCAUAUAUGUUUGAUCUGGUACUAGAUCUAUGCUGUAUUGUGGAAUUGACUGUACGGUUUUGUGCUUCAAUGGGAAUAGUAUAUCAAUAGCUAUGAAUGUUGUGUUAAAGUUCAAGUAUACAUCCAUGCUCGUUAGGUACAUACCUCAACGUCAUCAACUGUGAUUUGACCUCAUUGUUACAAUGUUUAGAGUUUUCAAUGAAAACAUCCAGUGCUAUAUUUAUCAAGAUGUAAAUUAUGAAAAGUUAUUUUUUUACCUUCGAUUUUGACUUUUUUGUCAAAUUAAAAAAGUAAAAUGAGCAUCAAUUGCUGAUUGAUACAUUUUCAAAUUAAAUAUUAAUUCAAAGUGAUGUUGGGUGCUUUAUUGAUUACUAAAUAUUAAAUCACUCAUACCAGCUAGUGUCACUCCAUUGAGUUUUACAAUUAAUGUAUAUAUUUUUUUCAGAUAAGACAAAUUAUAUGGUCACCAGAAAAUCUACUGAACAAAAAUAUAAAUGCAACAUGUAAAGUGUUGUUCCCAUGUUUCAUGAGCUGAAAUAAAAGAUCUCAGACAUUCUCCAUACGCACAAAAUGCUUAUUUAAAAAAAAUGUUGUGCACAAAUUAGUUUACAUCCCUGUUAGUAAGCAUUUCUCAUUUGCCAAGAUAUUCCAUCCACCUGACAGGUGUGGCAUAUCAAGAAGCUGAUUAAACAGCAAGAUCAUGACACAGAUGCACCUUGUGCUGGGCACAAUAAAAUGGCACUCAUAAAUUAGCAGUUUUGUCAAACAACACAAUGCCACCGAUGUCUCACGUUUUGAGGGAGCAUGCAGGAAUGUCCACAAGAGCUGUUGCCAGAUAAUUGAAUGUUCAUUUCUCUACCAUAAGCCGCCUCCAACAUCGUUUGAGAGAAUUUGGCAGUACGUCCAACCAGCCUCACAACCGCAGGCCACAUGUAACCACGUUAGCCCAGGACAUCCACAUCUGGCUUCUUCACCUGCUGGAUUGUAUGAGACCAAUACUGAGGAGUAUUUCUGUCUGUAAUAAAGCCCUUUUGUGGGGAAAAUCUAAUUCUGAUUGGUUGCCCUCACCCAUGGCUGAGCCAGUCGUCAGUCAUCUGAAAUCCAUAGAUCAGGGCCUAAAUAAUUUAUUUCAAUUGACUGAUUUCCUUCAAUGAACUGUAACUCAGUAAAAUCGUUGAAAUUGUUGCAAGUUGCGUUCAUAUUUUUUUCACUAUGGAAACAACUCGCAUUGAAUUUGAUUUGGAUGUUCCUCUUGUUAGUAGGUCCUCUUGUUAAUUAUUGUAGAAAAGUAGAUACAAGUCUCUCUCUCCUCUCUGUGUGUCCUUUUUCUGUGUGUGGAAUAGAAAGUGAGAGUGUGAGUGAAUUAAACAAGAAUGGUGUUUAUAAAAGGCAAUAUUGUCAGGUAUUAAGAGCGAAUCCCAAUUGAGGUGUGUGGGCUGACAACAUGGUCUAUCCUGCUCUGCACUGGGUCAGUGGGGUGGUUUGUUUUCUGGUUUCUAGGGGAGGAGCGGAUAGGAUUUUCCCACUUCUUCCCCCCACUUUAACGUCUAGUUGGCAUAACUGAUAAUUUCCGCAUUCCCAAAUCCUCCCAGAUAGAGCUAACUAUUUAAACGGGCCGAUGCAACGAUUUCCACUUUUUAAAAUCUACUGUCGACCUUCAGCUGACCAGAAGAAAGGACAACUGUUGCACUCGGAAUCAAAGUCAGCUGUGGUCACAGCCGGGUCUAACAUGAUGCCGGGACCAAUCCCAGAUCCCCUGGUGACAGCGGGCUCCCUGCCCAGCCUGGGUCCCCUGGCAGGGAUCCCCUCCACCACGCUGACUGACCAGCUCAAAUACGACGACCUCCGGGAACUGGGGUCCAUGCUCUCUCCACUGCACUUCCUGGGCAAGCUAGGGAAGAGGCCCCUUAACAUCAAAACAGAGAGAGAUGAGGAAGAGGACAGGAGGAAACGAAGGAGAGAGAAAAACAAAGUUGCAGCAGCACGCUGUAGAAACAAAAAGAAGGAGAGGACAGACUAUCUACAAAGGGAAUCAGAGAGACUAGAAGUGAUGAACUCUGACCUCAAAGCCCAGAUCGAGGAGCUGAAGCAUGAGCGGCAGCAGCUGAUCAUCAUGUUGAAUCACCACCGCCCAACGUGCAUCGUAAGAACAGACAGCGUCAAGACCCCUGAAAGCGAAGCCAACCCCUUGCUGGAGCACCUGGAGGGGAAGUGAUGUCACAGGGCUCAGAGCAGCAGUGUCACAGUUACAGUUUACAGUGAAGCUCCACUCCGGCCAGCUAGCAGUACUUCAAUACCCCUGGGUUCUUGGCUUAGAGGAGAACCAGCUAAGCACUCCUGCCUGGAGCCAGAGAGCCUUUAAACACAAAGGUGACCCAAUGUGAUUGGACUUUGUGCUGGCAGUUAAAUGCAUUGUUUAGAUUUUUUGUUUUGUUAUUGUUGUUGUCAUUAAGGGCCCCAUAGUCCCAGCCACUAUCACUAUAAAUAAAUGGAAUUGAAUAAAUGGCUAAAUGUAGCUUGGUGAGCAAUACUCCACCGUUCCAAGGCAACAUGGCAGAUCUCUCAGGCCCCUAGGCACAGUCAGAGCUGUAUUUUUUGUUUAUACAUAUGUGUACUGGUUAAGAUGAACACGGAUGUUUUUUUGAAUAUACAUUUUUCUUUGUAUUAUGCCUUCGAUGGCAGACCGGUUGAACCGUUUUUUUUUUUUUUGGCGCAGGCGUCAUAUAUGCACAUAGCCUACAGUAUAUAUUGACUGUUUACAUUGUAGUUGGUCUGUUAUUGUUACUUUCAAAUAUCGUUCUGAUUUGUAUACUCGCUGUACAUUAUAUGUAUUAUUUGACAUACUGAACAAAAAUAUAAAUGCAACAUGCAACAAUUUCAAAUAUUUUACUGAGUUACAGCUCAGAUGAGGAAAUCAGUCAAUUGAAAUCAAUUCUUUAGGUCCUAAUCUAUGGAUUUCACAUGAGUGGAAAUACAGAUAUGCAUCUGUUGGUCACAGAUACCUUAAAAAAAAUGGGCCUCACAAUGGGCCCCAGGAUCUUAUCACGCUAUUUCUGUGAAUUCAAAUUGCCAUUGAUAAAAUCGUGUUGGCCGUAGCUUAUGCCUGCCUGCCCAUACCUUAACCCCACCGCCACCAUAGGGCACUCUGUUCACAACGUUGACAUCAGCAAACCGCUCGCCCACACAAUGCCAUACACGUGGUCUGUGGUUGUGAGGCCGGUUGGACGUACUGACAAAUUCUACUACGUUGGAGGCGGCUUAUGGUAGAGAAAUUAACACUCAAGUCUGGCAACAACUUUGGUGGACAAAUGCCAAUUGCAUGCUCCUUCAAAACUUGAGACAUCGGUGGCAUUGUGUUGUGUGACAAAACAGCACAUUUUAGAGUGGACUUUUAUUGUCCCCAACACAAGGGGCACCUGUAUAAUGUUCAUGCUGUUUAAUCAGGGAUGUAAACAAAUUUGUGCACAACAUUUUUUUAGAAAUAAGCUUUUUGUGCAUAUGGAACAUUUCUGGAAUAUUUUAUUUCAGCUCAUGAAACAUGGAACCAACGUGUUACAUGUUGAGUUUAUAUUUUUGUUCAGUGGUAUAAGCUAUCACAAGGUGAUACAUUUUGUAUUUAUAUUACAAAUAAAUACAGUUUCUUUUC